AUAUUUAUGCAUAUGUUACAGAAUAUGAACAAUUAAACAAAGAAGAAAUUUUGAAUAUGUAUGAAUCUAAAACUACAAUAGAUGUUGAAAAUAAUUCAGAAGUAAAUAUUCUUGUUCCUAACGAAAAUAAAAUAUCUCCGAUUUUAGUUAAAAGAACAAAUCCAUUUUCGAAAUCAUCUAACACUAAAACUUCUCCAAGUCUUUUGUUUAAGAAUAAAAGUCGAAUAAAAAGAAGAAAUAUAAUGCAUGUUAGAAAAACAAUUAUAAAUGAAGAAAUUAUUACAGAGAGUAAAUUUUUUGCUAAAGCUAUUGACGAAACUAAUGAUAUUAGAGAUAAUAAUGAUAUAUAUUUAUCUACAAGUUCAAAUGAAAUUUUAUCAGAAAAAAAAAAUGUAAAAUCAAAUAAAGACAAUCAAACGAGCGAUAUUAAUUUACAAAUUUUAAUGACAAGUGACGAAAUAGAAACAAAUUCACAUCCUAUGGAUAUUGAUGAAGAGAAUAAUAUAUCAUUUGUAUCAAAUGAAUGUAAAAAUAUUAAAAAUUCAAAUAUUUUUUCUAAUUGUAAUUUAGAAAAAUUACAUUUAGAUGUUCCAAUGAAUAGAAAUAUAGAAAAUAGUAAUAUAAAUAAUCUAAGUAGUUUAUCAGAAUUUAAUUCCGAAGAUUCCGAAUUUUUAAUUCCACAAGAAACUAUAGAUAACUUGAAUUGUAGUUCAUUUAAAUGGUCCGAUACAAAAGAACUUACACAAAUGAAUAAUAAAACAAAACAAAAUAAAAAUAAAUGCUUUUUUAAUUCUAAACCUAUAAAUACUAAAUUAAAUACGACAAGCAGUACACGUCGAAACCAACAAUUGCAUUCAGUACAUAGACAACAAAGUUUGUUAAGCAUGUAUGGUUUUGAAAAAAAAAAAUCAUAUUCUGCCGCACAUCAAGAUUAUGAAUAAAAAUUGCAUAUACUGUGCUACAAUUUUUUAUAAUAAUAAAAUAUUUGUAAAAAUAAUAUAAAAAAGAAAAUAUGUACAAAUUUUGAAAAACUUUAACUUUAUUAUAAUUAUAAUAAUUUUUUAAAAAUAUUAAAUAUAUUUUUACAUAUACAUAUA